UUUACAGAAUGCAUGGAGGCUUUUUCAAGGAGAAAACUCUGGAACUAUAUAUCCAUACGUGCGUGUAGUGUAAAGUGUGAACACAAAGAAAUAACGAAACGUGCGAGCUUAGGUUUCCUUUGUUCUAUAAAAAUAGCAAACCAUAUCCUUUUUUUUAUUCACUCAUCAGUAUUCCACUUAGCUUCCACUCAAUUCUGAUAGGUCAUUCAAACUUGGCUCAAGUUCCACUCCAAGAGUAUGGCCACAUCUAUCUCCAACAUACUCAUAGCCUUUCCCAAAACCCAGCAAGACUCGACCUUUGGAUCCAACUCCAACCACCCCAAAUCACAACAAGCACCACCACUAACCCUAACUGUAACCACCAAAAGGAAACCCCUCACAACAUGCAAAGCCUCCCAAACCAACUCCUCCUCCUCCUUGUCCUCCACCAUCACACAACUCGAGACACAAAAUGGAAAACCACUAAAACCACACCAAGGAGUUGCAGAGGGAGUCGCUGACGUGUGGCUUAAGCUCCACGGAGAAGAUGACUGGGCCGGUCUCCUCGAACCGAUGGACCCCUUAAUGCGAUCGGAGCUAAUCCGCUACGGCGAGAUGGCCCAGGCCUGCUACGACGGAUUUGACUUCGACCCGUACUCCAAGUACUGCGGCAGUUGCAGGUUCUCGCUCCCGCAGUUCCUAGAGUCUCUCGGCCUGUCCCACCUUGGGUACACCGUCACACGCUACCUCUACGCGACCGCCAACGUCAGCGUGCCCAGACUGUUCAAGUUGUCGCGCUGGCCCGACAAGAUGUGGAGCAAGCGCGCCAACUGGGCAGGCUUCGUGGCGGUCUCAGAUGAUGCCACCACCCAGCGCCUCGGGCGCAGGGACAUCGUGGUAGCCUGGCGCGGGACCGUCACCCACGUGGAGUGGGUGGCGGACCUCAAGAACUAUCUCACGCCUGUGUCCCCCGACAUCCCCUGCCCGGACAAGGGAGUCAAGGUGGAAGCGGGUUUCCUCGACGUGUACACUGACAAGGACGAGACCGAAGGCGGCUAUUGCAAGUACUCGGCGAGGGAGCAGGUGCUGGCGGAGGUGAAGCGGCUGGUGGACAAGUACUCUCACGAGGACAUUAGCGUGACUAUAACAGGGCACAGCCUCGGCAGCGCGAUGGCGACGCUAAGCGCUUACGACGUGGCGGAGAUGGGGUUGAGGGACAUGGGAGGGAAGAGUAAGGUGCAUGUUUCAGUGUUUUCAUUUUCAGGGCCAAGGGUAGGGAACUUGAGGUUCAAGGAGAGGUUGGAGAAGCAGUUAGGGGUCAAGGUGUUGAGGGUGCACAACGCGCAUGACAUGGUGGCGAAGUCGCCGGGGGUUUUGGUGAAUGAGACGUCGCCGGCGUGGCUGCUGAAGGUGGCGGAGGGGUUUCCAUGGUGCUACACACAUGUUGGGGUGGAUCUGGAGUUGGACCAUAAGAGAUCGCCGUACCUGAACCCUGAUGGGGAUGGAGCUUGUGCCCAUAACUUGGAGGCCCACUUGCACUUACUCGACGGAUACCAUGGUAAGAAUCGUGAAUUUAAACCAAUGAUUGGAAGAGACCUUGCUCUGGUGAACAAGGACUGUGAUUUUCUGAAAGAUGAGCACUCAGUACCACCAAAGUGGAGGCAAGAUCAUAACAAGAACAUGGUCAGAACCGAAGAUGGACGGUGGGUGCUGGCGGAGCGCCCCAAACCUGACGAUCAUCCUGAAUACACUCAACAACAUCUCACCGAGCUAGGCCUCGCUAAUUCAUCUAAAAGCUAAUUAAAGAAAUAAACAAAAACAGAGGUAUAGUACUGAUUUCUGAAGAGGGGUCAGUAAUUCUGUAUAAUAGGGUCAAGGGAUGAUUUCCAUCUUUAUAUAGCAAUAUUUAAGUGUGUAUUUGGUUCUAAGUUGAUAAACCUGCUUUGAAUCAUAUUUUAUUGGACAGGUUUGUUGGAAUCGUCUCUGAGAAUUUGUUUUUA